UCACCUGCCCGUCCCCGUUUGGCUCCCGCGUCGUAUCGCACCGAACGCAAAUCGAAGUGGGGCCCAUUGCUUGCGCCUUCUCGAAGUGUUUUGCCUGCCUGUCUGCCUGUUCCGUUCAGUUGCAUCGGAGAUUCGGCCGUGAGCGGACGCGCGCUUUGCUGCUGGUGACGAGCACUGCCAUUCGCGCAGCGUGUGCGUGUUUUGCCUGUGCGGCAGCGCAUAGGGUCGGGAAAAGGCUUCCGGUUUUCCGGCCAGGCCGUGUGAACUUGAAGUUUGUGCUGCAGGCAGUUUCCCUCUUUCGUUCGCUUUGCUCGUUCUGCUUCAGCUGCAAACCAAACCAGAAAAAAAGAAGCGGAAAAUCGAGGUGCCAGGGACGUGGAAAAUGGGUACUCGCGCGUACUUGCUUGGUUGGAGCCACCCGCUCGCUCUUUAAAACUUUGAUGAGGAUUAAUUGCACUUUCGUAGCCGGCGUUUUAAAGUGUCGUUGAGUUCCUGCUCCUGGAUGGGUGGGUGGAACUUUCCUGCUGCUUGGCGAAGAACUUUCGACCUACCUGGCUUGGGUUGCGGAAUGCCAUCGCAGCCCCGUGUUAAUAAGCUAAAGCGAAAGGCGAAGGCUGCAAAACGGGUGCUCCGGGAGUCGUAGCUGUAAAGUGUGUUGCUCUGUAUUGGUGUGUGUUACUGUGUGUGUGUGUGUGUGUGCAAUUGUGUUUAAGGGUCAAGAUUUUGCCUUUUCGCCUCGGAUUGCCAUUUGUGUACCGCGCGCGCGUUUGUGUGUGUGUGUUUGUGCCAGUGUCGAAUGUGUCUUGCCGUGUCGUCCCCCGAGGGGAAUUAAGCAGUAGAUUGGAACGGAACUGCUGCACGAGGUGGUGGUGGCAGUGGCGUACCGUCACCGUUCGGCUCACUAAUCCCAAGCACUGCUGGCACUUGCAAAUGGAUCCGGCGCUGGGGCUGGUGAUGUGGACCCGGACGCCAAAGUAUCCAAUCAAAACUACAAAACGAGAUUCGAAAAAGGCAUUGGUCACAGGAGCACCCUUGAACGUGCCGGCACGUGCCGCUCUAUCGGAAGGAUAAACCACGUUUUCCACGUUUCCGAACGGUGUUGGAGGUGGUGUUUCCGCUGCCCGCGGUACCGUGCACAGGUUCGGUACGGACGCCAGUCGAUGGCAGCGGCUUACGGCGAGCAGUCGAACCAGCUCCAACGGAACGCUCAACACGCUCAAGAGGAUGCGUCGCACAACGGCCGGCUCGAGUGGUUACGUGCCGGUGGUGCUGAUGGUGCUGCUGCUGCUGCUGCUGGUGCUUUUCGACACGCUGCUGGCAAGUGAAAGUGCCGCCAAUCGGAAGUCCAGCGUGCAAACGAACGAGCACAAUCGGAACAUCAUCAAUACGGUGUUUGAGCGGACGCGACCGGCUGGCAGUGAGCGUCGUGCUCGCGAGGUGACGAUACUGGGCCUGUUUGAGUUGAGCUCGAGGGAGGGAGCGGCUCGCCGGGAGGGGCUCAGCGAGCUGGCGGCGGCACAGCUGGCCGUACAGCACAUCAACCGGCGUGGGUUGCUGCUCGGCUACAAGCUGAAGCUCAUCACGAACGAUACGAAGUGCGAUCCGGGCGUUGGAGUUGAUCGGUUCUUUCACGCGCUCUACACGCAUCAAAGCAAGCGGAUCAUCAUGGUGCUCGGGUCAGCCUGCUCGGAAGUUACCGAGAGUCUGGCGAAGAUUGUUCCCUACUGGAAUAUCCUUCAGGUCUCGUUCGGUUCCACCUCCCCAGCAUUGAGUGAUCGGCGCGAGUUCCCCCUCUUCUACCGCACCGUCGCCCCGGACUCAUCGCACCACCCCGCCCGGAUAGCGUUUCUGAUGCAUUUCGGCUGGGACACGGUGGCGACCUUCUCCCAAAACGAAGAAGGCUACUCGCUCGCGGUAAACGAUCUCGUGACCGAGCUCGAGCGGGCCAACAUCACCUGUGCGGCGACGAUUUCCUUUGCCGAAACUGACUUUAAGGAACAGCUGAAGCUGCUGCGGGACCGUGAUGUGCGAGUGAUUAUCGGAAGCUUUUCGCAUGAAAUUGCCCCGCAAGUGUUCUGCGAGGUCUACAAUCUUGGUAUGUACGGUGCAGAGUACGCCUGGAUACUGCAGGACACGUACAUCUCGUCCUGGUGGUUGGCGGGCGACUUACCCGAGACGGGUAGUGCCCCAUGCACCUCCCGGGCACUGCUGACGGCGGUGGAGAACUUAAUAAUCGUCUCGAGCUACAAUAGCAUCGUUGGCAUGGGCACUGCCCUGAGUGGAUUGACGAACGACAUCUUUCUGCAGAAGCUGCGGGAAAUGAACGUCACCGGUGCGGUGUCCCAGUUUGCACCGCAAACGUACGAUGCGGUGUGGGCGAUGGCGCUGGCAUUGCGCGGUGCCGAACGGUCCUGGUCCCAGUCGGUGCCGCACCGGGUCCGGCUGGCCGAUUACGACUACACGCGGUACGACAUCGCCCAGGAGCUGUUGCGCCAAUUCGAUCUGCUCAAGUUUAAUGGAAUCUCGGGACCGGUUUCGUUCGAGGGUGCGGACCGAAUUGGGACAACCUCGUUCCAUCAGAUCCGGGCAGGGCAGCUGGAGAUGAUUGCGUUCUACUAUCCGAAGAAUGCGACGCUCGACUUUGGCUGCCGGUAUUGUGUGCCGAUCGUGUGGCCGGGGGGCCAGGUACCGAUUGCGAAGAGGAUACUGAGGCUGAGGGUGGAUACGAUCGAUCCGUUUGCGUUCUACACGGUGGUGAUACUGUCGCUGAUCGGGAUUGGGAUUUCGGUGCUGUUUUUGGGACUGAAUCUGAGGUUCCGGAAGUUGAAAGCCAUCAAGCUAUCGAGUCCCAAGCUCAGCACGAUCACUGUCUGCGGUUGUAUGCUCGUGUACACGGCCACCAUUCUGCUCGGCCUGGACCAUUCCACACUACCCUGGUCGAGCGUUACCUUCUCCACCAUCUGUAUGGCAAGGAUCUACUUUCUGUCGGCCGGCUUCUCGCUUGCCUUUGGUUCAAUGUUUGCAAAAACGUUUCGCGUCUAUCGUAUCUUCACGCACAGCGCCGGAGGACUUUGCCGGGACAAGAUCCUGCGAGACACACAGCUUAUCUCGGUGAUCGGUGCACUGCUGCUUGUGGAUGCGUUCGUCGUCUCGUUCUGGAUGGCGGCCGAUCCGAUGGAACGGCAUCUGCACAACCUUUCCCUGGAGAUCAGUACCACCGAUCGGAGUGUGGUGUACCUUCCCCAGGUGGAGCUCUGCCGUUCAAGGCACUACGAAAGCUGGCUGGGCAUGCUGUACGCUUACAAGGGACUGCUCCUGCUGGUCGGUGUGUAUAUGGCGUGGCAGACGAGGAACGUAAAGAUAUCGGCACUGAACGAUUCGCAGUACAUUGGCAUCUCGGUGUACAGUGUGGUGAUCACCAGUGCGAGUGUGGUCGUGCUAGCGAACCUUCUCUACGAGCGAGUGACGCUAGCGUUCAUCAUAACGGCGGGAUUUGUGCUGAUCUCAACGACGGCCACACUUUGUUUGCUGUUUCUGCCCAAGAUUAAGGACAUCUUUGAGAAGGGCGAAGUGUACGAUCCGAUCAUUCACAGCAUGGGGCUGAAGAUGGAGUUCAAUACGCGCCGGUUUGUGCUGGACGAUCGUCGCGAGCUUCAAUUUCGGGUGGAGGUACAGAAUCGAGUCUACCGGAAGGAGUUGGAGCUGUUGGACGCCGAAAUUUGUCGCCUGGAGCGAGCACUUCAAGAGCGAUCGCCACAAAGCUCGCCGCUUUCUUCCGAACCCAACCUGCCCGACUCGCGACCUUGUGCGAUCGCCCGGCCUCACGGGUCUAGUGGACUGCCCAUGCUGCUGCUGUCGGUGCUUCCACCGAUAAUUCCGCGUGCCAGCUGGCCCUCGGUCGAUCCAAUGCUUUCGCCCAUGAAGCGGAACAUCGCUUUCAGCUCGCAGCCCAAAAUCGAUCCAGCAGUAACGCUCGCCCCAACCGGUAGCCGUGAGCGCAUUCUAACCUCCAACAGUCGUGUUGGAAGCGACGAACCUCACACACUCCCGAAUGGAGCAAGUUCCGGUGUGAUGGGCAAGAUAAGGCACAUGUUUGCUCCACGAUUGCACAAAGCUCCCUCGGCCACGAUGCUCGGAGGAACGGGUUCAUCGACGAGCGCGAUACGCAAAUCGGCCCUAGCCAUCUUCAACGAAAUCGACACCGAAGACGAUCUGCCCCAGUCGAUCUACACCAUCGACAAACCGACCAGGGAGCAGCUUACACUGACCGGGUCCGAACCGCGCGUUAACUUUGUGCUACCGCCGAACGGGCGGAGACGGUCCUCGACGGUACAGCAGCAAGGUCCGGUGAGGGAUCGUAUCCGAGGUUCACCCCGCUUCCCGCACCGUAUCUGCCCGCAGACGACGAGCCUUACGGAGCUGGGCAUCGAGCGACCGCGCAUCAGCUUCCUCACGGUCAAAAGCUGUGAGCAGAUCCACGGCAAACCGUGCGAAUCGCGCGCCAAGUGGAAAUCGAUGGACUCGUUCUCGAAGAGCGUCGGUUCGCAGUAAUUCGUCGCAAGGGUCGUUAAACAGCAAUGUUCUGUGAACGUGAAUGCUCAAAUCGCUCAAUGAGUUAGAAGUUCUCAGCCGUAUUGAGUGUGUUGUGUAGCGUAACAAUCAGUAACAACGUGUUCGUUGAGAACUCUCCCCCCCCCACCCCACAAACAGAGCUUAUCCCCUCUCCACACAACACCAAUUCGGAUGUUUGUUGUGCAAACCCACACUGUUCUUCGCUUUUUCUACGCUGUUUUGUGUGUAUGUGCUAAGAAAGAAAUCAAACCAUCACUCGUCAAUCGAACCACCCCGGAGACAGAAACAACAUCCAACUCCAAACACACAUUAUGCACGCAAAGCCGCACCCAAAUAAACGAUCGCGUAAAUAUAAUA